AUGUACGAUCCGACGCGAGAUACGUACCAUUUACUCUAUCAGUGGCAUCCUAAUCACGUCAACUGGGGCAACAUCUCCUGGGGUCAUGCUACGUCGAAGGACCUAAUUACGUGGUACGAUGUCGGCAAUGAACCAGCGUGGCAGAAUGACAAUGCUCAAGCGAUUGGCACUGGGCCUGUGGGCACCUAUGAUGGCCUUGGCAUCUUCAGCGGCACUGCGCAACCUGUUAACAUCCAAGGCAUGGAAGACGGGACCCUUCUUGCCUUCUAUACUUCGGUCUCAUAUCUGCCAACCAACUGGCGGAUCCCGUACUACCCUGGCACCGAAACUCAGAGCUUGGCCUAUUCAACAGACGGAGGGUUGAACUGGCAGAAGUACGAUGGCAACCCGAUUAUACGGACGCCGCCACCAGGCUGGAACCUCACGGGCUGGCGUGACCCGUUCUUCUUGCCCUGGCCAGAGAUGGAUGCCCUGCUCGGUCAGACGUCGCCUCAUUACUAUGCGGUGUUCGGAUCUGGGAUCAAGGGUGUCGGUCCAAGGAUUCCAUUCUACAGCGCUCCGGCGUCAGAUCUCACUCAGUGGACGUUCCUGGGCGCAUUGUGGGAGCCAGCAGCAAACACAAGCCUUGGCUCUGUCCUCGAGACUGGACUGUAUGGCUUCAACUUUGAAGUGUCUGGGUUCUUCUCUUUGUACGAUGCCAUGGGCGAGAUUCAUUACUUCGUCGAGAUGGGCGCCGAGGGUGGCAACAGCAGUGUCCGCGCAAUCGAUCGCUGGGCCCUCUGGAAUGAAGGGACUGUGAGCCGCCGCGAGAAUGGCUCUGUGGCCUUCAACCCUGUGUCAGGAGGCGCCGCCGACUGGGGCAACUUGUAUGCGCUUACCAGCUUCAACGACACCAAGAAUAACCGCCGCGUGGAAUGGGGUUGGGCGCCUGAGGAUAUGGGCGACUUCGCACUCACCCAGCAAGGCUUCCAAGGAUGCAUGGCCCUUCCUCGUGAACGUUUCGUCCAUGUUACCAAGGGCGUCCAAGAUGUGAAUGGCGAAUUGACUCAGCCAGGCAACUUCCGUGUGACCAGGCAGGCAGACGGCACUUACACCUCAUACACCCUAGGCGUAAUGCCUCUUAAUGAAGUGGUUAGGGCCAUAACGGAGAGAGCCCGAAAAGUCAAGGUUAACCAUCGGAGAGGUCGUUGUGACAGACCCAGGAAAUUGAGGUCGAGUAGCAGCAACCAUUUCAAGCUGUACGCCGAACUCACCGACGUUACCGGUCCCGCUGGCUUCCAAGUCGGCGUUUCUCCAGAUGGCUCAGAGUAUACCAACAUUUACUUCAAUCCGUCAAACCACACCAUCAACGUCGACCGCAUGCAUUCGUCGUUGAUCAAUCAGUUCGCCAACUUCACCAACGUGGGAUACUUCCACCCAUAUACCAUUGCUGGCAAGACGGAGCCGCUGAAGAUGACUGUCUUCCUUGAUGGAUCGCUGCUCGAGAUCUAUGUCAACGAUCGCUUUUCCCUGACAACCCGCAUCUACCCGUCCCGGGCCGAUAGCACCGGUUUCGGCCUCUACGUCGCGCGGGGUGCGAGCACGGAAGUGAAGCACCUGGAAGCGUAUGACGGGCUAUUGAAUGUUUGGCCGGACAGGCCCUUGAAUUCAAGCUCACCGCUUGUGUUUGACACGCCGGAGGAGACGAACAACUACACUUGGUGGCCUGGCUACUGA